CUUCAAGAGGGUACUCCUGAAACUCACAGACCCGCUUAGAAUCACCUUCGCACAUCCCAUGAAUCAGUCAGUAGCGCGCCGUCUGUGCGUCUUCCACACAAAUUUGCUUAUUUCGACACACGUCUGUGCGAUUGUAUGCACCACCGAUUCGUGAAUUGUCGUAGCGGCAACACCUCGGGAGCUCCUUUGCUACCGUAAGCCAGCAGCUCCACCCACCUGCCAUAGACCAACUACCCAAGUUCCCGGGGAACUUACUCUAUUUUUUAACCUCAAACUUUCAAUCGUUGACUUUAAACUCUACACAAAGAUCACUAACAUGACAGACUUUCAAAUUCAGGACGGAGAUCUGACCGGCUUUAAGGGCAAGGUCGCUAUUAUCACAGGUGGUUCAUCUGGUAUUGGUCUUGCUACAGUCGAGCUGCUGCUAUCUCUAGGAGCAUCAGUCGUCAGCGGUGACAUCCAAGAACCUCCCGCCAAGGGCGAUUUUCUUUUCGUGCAAACCGAUGUCAAGAGUUGGACAGACCUCACGAAGCUUUUCAAGGCAGCAAAGGACCGAUAUGGAAGGAUCGAUUACGUGUUCGCCAAUGCUGGAAUCGGCCCUCGUGCCAACUACCUGGCCCUUGAGGUCGACGACAAGGGCGAUCUGAAGGAGCCAAACAAGGAUACCUUGGACAUCAAUCUGAACAGCGUUGUUAACACUGGUACCCUGGCCGUUCACUAUCUGAAGGAGCAGGCGGAAGGCGGAAGUAUCGUGCUUAUGGGAUCCAGCACUAGCUUACAUCCUGUCCGAGCCGUUGAUUACUCAACGGCCAAGAGCGGUGUCCUCGGCUUCUGCCGCGGUCUCGCACGCCUCGUAGAAGCCGCUGGCCUACCUAUCCGCAUCAACGGUCUUGCCCCCUCAUGGACGGCAACUCAAGUCUUGCCUGAUCUGGAAAUGCUCCUGAAGGCAGUUUCGCAACCAUCCCAAUCCACUGCCGUGGUUGCCCGUGCGGUUGCUUAUCUGAUGGCUGACAAGUCUCGGCACGGAGAUGUACUUUUCGUCUGUGAUGGAAAAUACAAGGAGAUUGAAAAAGCGGUGCUUGCGCCAGCGUAUGAGACUAUCAAGGGAGAUGGACCUAGCGAUGACGAUGUUUUGGCAAAGGUCUUUGCGCUAGCUGGUUAGGAGGGGAGGAAUUGAGUUGACACAUUUCGCAAGUCACGACCUGUUACACCAAUCAUACCAUCAGCAGAUAGCAUUGAAAAUGCUUGGUAGAUACUUAGAUACACAAUGCCAAUUUAAAGCAAACGAUAACUCUGUUAC